AUGAUUGUCAUAAUGCUGAUUUACAAGGUUUUUGAUACCAAUUAUGGUAAUUUGGAACAAAAGGAAGACAUCAAGUUUGAUCCUAAGAUAGAAAAGACAGAGAGGAAACUUAGGAAAGACGCAAAAGCAAAGAAAGCGAAAGAAACAAAAAUAGCAUCAACUUCUACGGAAACAAAGGAAAAACCAAAAGAGGAACCUAAGGAAGAACCAAUGGCAGAAAACAACAAUCAAAUUGUUCGAAGGACGUUGGGGGAUUACAUGACCCCAGAUCGAGCUCCACAGACAGCGAGCAUUGUUAGACCCAACAUAGAGGCUAACAACUUUGAACUGAAGCCAGCAUUACUGCAACUGAUUCAAAAAGAACAUUUCGCUGGAGGAAGCACAGAGAACCCCUAUUGUCAUCUUGAUGACUUUUUGCUUUACUGUGAUACAUUAAAAGUAAAUGGAGUUUCUUGUGAUGCUAUGUUACUCAGGCUAUUCCCAUGCUCACUGAAAGAUGAAGCAAGAGAUUGGUUGCAGUCUCAACCUGAAGGAAGCAUAACCAGUUGGGAUGACUUAGCCGCUAAAUUCUUGGCCAUAUUUUUCUCAGCUUCAAAGAUGGCUAGGCUCAAGGCGGAGAUCACAGCUUUUGAACAAAAAGAAAGCGAAUCUUUGUACGAGGCUUGGACACGAUUCAAAGGAUUACUCCGAAAGUGUCCUCAACACGGAAUUGAAGCAUGGGAGAAGGCAAGAAUCUUUUUCCAAGGGAUGACAGCCAACACAAGAACAUUGGUAAAUGCCGCUUUAGGAGGCUCAUUGAAAACAAAAACUCCUGAGGAAGCAUUUGAAUUGUUGGAAUCACUAGCAUCUCAAGAAUUUGACAAUGCUCCUGCUCCAGUUGCACCAAGAAGAUCAGAGAUCAUGAAGCUUGAAGGUUAUGAUGAGGCUCAUGCAACUGAGGAUUGUGAAUACAUCAGUAACACGGAAAAGCAACCAGCAGAGGUCAAUGCACUCUGGUAUGAUCAAAAGAACUCGAACAAUCCAGGAAGGAAUCAAUAUGGUAAUCAAGGGUGGAAAAAUAAUAACCAACACCCUGGGUUAAGUUACAAGUCAAACUACCAGUUGAAUCCUCCUAUGCCAUUGCAACAACAACCUCAAGGCACCACAUCAGAGUGGGGGAAGGCUUUUGUACAGUUGUCCAAGACAACAUCCGAUUACAUUCAAAAUGCAGAUGCCUGCAGAGAUGAAACAAGAGCUUCAUUCCGGAAUAAAGAAGCUUCAAUCCGGAACUUGGAGACUCAAAUUGGUCAGCUGUCAAGGCAGUUCACUGAAAGAACUCAGGGCACCUUUCCAAGUAACACCGACACGAAUCCAAAGGUACAAUGUAAUGCAAUUGUCACAAGAAGUGGGAUUGUGAUUCAGCCUGUGGAAUAG